AUGCUUCGUGGAAAAUCUCAAAAGGAAUUGAUUCAUUUAUCACGUCAAUUGAUCCAACCACUACUUCCUAGUUUCCAUAAAGGACAAUCAGGUAAAAUAGCAGUCAUUGGAGGGAAUGAAGAUUAUACAGGAGCACCAUUUUUUUCAAGUCAUUCUGCUGCUUUGGUGGGGGCUGAUUUAUCUCAUGUUAUUUGUGAAAAAGCAGCAGCUCCAGUAAUUAAAUCAUAUACCCCAGAUUUAAUGGUUCACCCAUACCUUGUGGAUUUAGAUAAUCCAACUCUUAGAAUAAGUGAUGAAGAAUUGGAUAAUUUGAAAAAAUUACCUCUUGAUGAGAUAAUUAAAUCCAAUGACAAUGCCGUGUUGAAUAAAAUAAUUGAUGAACUUGUUUUACCAAAAGUUGUUUCAUUGUUGAAUAGAAUUGACAUUGUUGUUGUUGGUCCUGGGUUUGGAAGAGACCCAUUGAUGUUGAAAUCCUUGGUGAGGAUUAUCGAAGAAAUCAAAGUAUUGAACUUGCCAAUAAUUCUAGAUGCUGAUGCAUUGUUUCUUUUAUCUGUUAAACCACAGUUGAUUUCCAAUUACCCUAAGGCUAUCAUUACACCGAAUGUAGUGGAAUUCCAAAGAAUAGCAAAAGCAUUAUCGAUAGAUGUAAGUUUGUCGGAAUCGGAUAGAUCCAAAUUGAUUGAACAAACACAGCAAGUUUCCAAGAAACUUGGGGAUAUUAUCGUGUUCCGUAAAGGCGAACAUGAUAUAAUUGUUAAAUCGGAUUCAUAUCUUAUCAACGAAGUACAAGGCUCCAAUAAAAGAGUUGGUGGACAAGGGGAUACAUUGACUGGGGCAAUUGCAACUCUUGUGAAUUGGUCAAAUAAUUAUAUUCUUAAAGUGUGGGACAAUAAAGUGGAGAUGGAACAACAUGAAGCUAACAUUUUGGCCUGUUAUGCCGCUAGUUCUUUAGUUAGAUGUGCUUGUAAUAAGGCAUUUAAAAAAUACGGUAGAGCAAUGCAAACUUCAAAUAUUCAUGAGUUUUUACAUGAAGCUUUUAUUGAGUUGUUUGAUGAUAGUUCGUUGUUUAGAUUUAGUAAUAUUUAA